AUGUCUCGCCCAGGAAACAGAAGACCAGAAUACCAUAAAAUAGAUUGGCAUUUACCAGCAAUUUCAUCCUCUGCUUCAGCACAUGCCAUGAACAGAGAUCUCUUUGUACUCACCUAUGGAGCUCUGGUGGCCCAGUUGUGCAAAGACUAUGAAAAGGAUGAAGAUGUGAAUAACUAUCUAGAUAAAAUGGGUUAUGGCAUAGGAAUACGACUAGUGGAAGACUUUUUGGCUCGUUCUUGUGUAAAAAAAUGUCAUAGCUACUCAGAAAUUGCUGACCUAAUUGCACAGGUUGCUUUCAAGAUGUACCUGGGAAUCACACCUAGUGUGACACGUAAUGAGUCAAGUAGAAAUGAAUUCUCUCUAAUUCUGGACAAGAAUCCUUUGGUGGAGUUUGUAGAGGAGCUCCCCGCUGGACGGUCUUCUCUCUGUUACUGUAAUUUGCUGUGUGGAGUCAUUAGAGGUGCCCUGGAAAUGAUUCAUUUGACUGCUGAUGUUACAUUCUUGCAAGACAGACUUAAAGGUGACAAAGUUACAGAAAUAGGAAUCACAUUUCUGAAGAAGCUGGAGGAGAAAAAAUACAGACGGAAAAAAUGA